GUGGUGUUCAAGCGCUCGAGAGCCUGAGACGCAAGCCGGUCAGAGCGUGGCACCGGGCCCUGGCUGGUGGCUACCGCUAGCGCUUUGGCUUCGCACACGGCAGCGCAACGAUCAGCACGAAAUUGCACGUUACAACCUCCGACUGGAGUGCUUGGGCCUGCUUGGGCCCCCCUGACCAUGAUCAGCAACACGACACGGCUCCGCGAAGCCCGUACUUUUUCAUACCGUGCGCCACUCUAAUCCCGGCCCACAAAUACCCCCGCAGAAGCCUUCCCGGGAUCGAGCCCGUGUCUCAACGAAUUCUUUGAGCCUGGAGGCGGAUCCUCGCCUCUCUUUUUCUCUGUCUGUCUGUUCCUUCCUUCACUGGACGGGGACCCUUUGCUUGUCUAAGGCGAGCAGACCGGCGCAUACAUAGGAGAUAAGGCUACAAGUACACCAUGGCCGCACCGGUACCCGCUGCCGACUUCAACCCCGUCGCGCCGUUCGACGAUCGACCGCCCACGAGCCGGAAGGCGUCACAGUCGACGCUGGACGAGAAGCUCUCCCGCGCCGAGUCUGGAGAUGUCGGGCUUGAGGUGGUGAAGUAUGACUCGGGGGUGGAUGUCGCUGUGGGGCUGGCGGCGGGGCAUGUGGAAGACGCGCCUGUGGGGAGGGAGGAGAGCAGAAGGAUGAGGGCAAAGCUGGAUUGGCGUCUUCUACCGUUGCUGUUCCUGAUAUACACCGUACAAUACAUCGACAAGGCCACUCUGAAUUCAUCCUUCGUCCUCGGCAUCGCGAAGGAUGCCAAGCUUACGACCGACGAGUUCAAUACCCUCGGCAGUGCGUUCUACAUCGGUUACCUCGUCUUCCAAUACCCGCAGAACCUCGCGCUGCAGCGAUUCCCUGUGGCUAAAUGGAUGACAUUCAACCUUUUCUUGUGGUCGUUGUUCCUCGGACUCCACUGUGUAUGCAAGAACUUCGGCGGCCUUUUCGUCCUUCGCUUCCUCCUCGGUGCAGCUGAGGGCUGCACAACUGCCGGGCUGAUGCUCAUCACCUCCAUGUUCUACACCCGCACCGAGAUCGGCGAGCGCAUCGGCUGGACGUUCCAAUGUAAUGGUGUCGGCACGAUCGUCGGUGGUUUCCUCGCCUUCGGCGUCGCCCACGUCCAGCCGACCGCGAAGCCCAACCCGUGGCAGGCGCUGUACGUCAUCACAUGUCUGAUGACCCUCGUCGUGUGCGGGCUGUUCGCGUGGCUGAUGCCGGACAACCCGACCACGGCGCGGUUCCUCCGUCCGGAGGAGAAGGUCGUUGCGGUGCGGAGGGUGAAGGACAACCAGAACGGGAUCGAAACGAAGAAGUGGAAGAGGGAGCAGUUUAUCGAGUGCUUGAAGGACUAUAAGACAUGGCUGUUCUUCUUCUGGGCUGCCAUCGCAAACCUGCAGAACGGUCUGGGCACAGAAGCGUCUCGCGUCAUCAAGCUAUUCGGAUUCACGACGCUGCAGACGACUCUCCUCAACAUUCCGACUGGCUUUGCCCAAAUUCUUGGCAUCACCCUCGGAUGCUGGAUGCUUCGCAUGUGGCCCAACUCUCGCGCCUUCAUCCACAACAUCUUCUGGAUCCCUUCCAUCCUGUCCGCCUUUCUCCUAAUCUUCCUCCCUUACUCGAACAAAAUCGGGCAUAUAUGCGCCAUCUAUCUCCUCAGCUUCGGUGGCGCACCGGGUUUCGUCAUGAUGCUCUCUUGGGUGACGAGUGCCACGGCCGGACACACGAAGAAGCUCGCCACCAACGGCAUCUUCCUCAUCGGCUACGCGCUCGGCCAGAUCCUCUGCACCCAGUUUUGGAAGGACAAAUACGCGCCGAAGUUCGUCGUUCCCUGGAUCAUCUGCCUCUGCACGUACGCGGCGGAUAUCGCCAUCGUCUGCGCGCUCUGGUAUCUGCUCAGGAAUGAGAACGCGCGUCGGGAUGCCCUCGCGGCGCAGUCCGGUGGCAAAGCGGCAGACGGCGAGUUCCAGGAGUACGGGUACGUGGUCAGCGUCGACGAGAAGGGGCACGAAGUAAAGACCAAGGUGGAGAAGGGCCUAUUGGAUCUCACCGACCGGCAAAACCUCGCUUUCCGCUACGUGCUCUAGAGGGUGUAUGUUGGAUUAUGUUCGCUGUUUGUUUUGUUUUGGAAUUCCUUGCUAUCCAGAUAAUGUGGGAGCAUUGUUCCCUGCUCAUCAACUAAUGGUGGUCCUCCCACCACAUGAAUAUUACUCGUAUUGCUCGUAUAUUAAGCAGA